UCAAUGCGCGUUCCCUACACCGGAAGUCUCAGUCAAGUCGCUGCUGUUUCAUGAGCACGACUGAGCGAGCGAACCGGCAAAGACCGGGCUGAGAGGAGCCGGCCGACAGCGACAAAAAAAAACAAAAAACAUUUUUCGUGGAAUGAAACCUACCUCUGAUUGAUUGUCCUUCCUACUUACAAUCCACUCUUCUAACGAUAGCGGGUCAUUCUGAGCAUCGCCAGGACCACUGCUGAAGAUCCCCGCACUUGUGACUGAGGCUGUCUGUUCCUCUGCCUGUUGAAGAAAACAACGGUUGUUUUCUUUAACUCCAGGCUGCGAGGCAAAGGAGCGUGUGCGUCUGUUUGUGUGCGCAGAGUUCGUUAUCAACUCUCCCUAUGUGUGUGACAAUGGGGGACAUCAGUGACUUGGACAGACAAAUAGAGCAGCUCAGACGCUGCGAGCUCAUUAAGGAGAAUGAAGUCAAAGCACUCUGUGCCAAAGCCAGAGAAAUUCUGGUAGAAGAAAGCAAUGUCCAGAGGGUAGACUCUCCUGUCACAGUGUGUGGAGAUAUACAUGGUCAGUUUUAUGACCUGAAAGAGCUAUUUAGAGUUGGUGGAGAUGUCCCUGAGACAAAUUAUCUCUUUAUGGGAGACUUCGUGGACAGAGGCUUCUACAGUGUGGAGACUUUUCUACUUCUUUUAGCUCUUAAGGUGCGUUACCCAGACAGGAUAACCUUGAUUCGGGGAAACCACGAGUCCCGGCAAAUCACCCAAGUGUACGGCUUCUACGACGAGUGCCUCCGCAAGUACGGCUCUGUCACCGUCUGGAGAUACUGCACUGAGAUCUUCGACUACCUGUCCCUCUCUGCUAUUAUUGAUGGAAAGAUCUUCUGUGUGCACGGUGGCUUGUCUCCCUCCAUUCAGACACUGGACCAGAUCAGAACCAUUGACAGAAAACAGGAGGUGCCCCAUGACGGGCCCAUGUGUGACCUCUUGUGGUCGGACCCUGAAGACACCACAGGUUGGGGUGUGAGUCCCAGAGGAGCAGGUUACCUGUUUGGUAGUGAUGUGGUGGCCCAGUUCAACGCAGCCAAUGACAUCCACAUGAUCUGCCGAGCACAUCAACUGGUCAUGGAAGGAUACAAGUGGCACUUCAAUGAGACGGUACUGACCGUGUGGUCGGCACCAAACUACUGCUACAGAUGUGGAAACGUAGCAGCCAUCUUGGAGCUGGACGAGCAUCUACAACGGGAAUUCAUCAUAUUUGAAGCAGCGCCACAAGAAACCAGGGGUAUUCCCUCCAAGAAGCCAGUAGCUGACUACUUCCUGUGAAGUCUCCGAGCAGACGGCCAUGUUGAGCUGAAACCUCCGGUACCAUUUCACACCCACCACGCUCCGUCAUCCUGCUGCUGGACCGUUUUGUCAGUCUGAACUCAACCGCAAUUCCACGCAAAGCUGCCACGCCCUUUUGUCUGGAGUUUCAAACAGCUUCAGCCUGAAGAGCUGGAUUUUUGCCACACUGCCCAAGCCUGACAGAACAGUCACUGUGAAAGGUGUUAGGGGAGGGUGAAACUGGGCCCAUGACUGUUGUCACUUCUUUUUCACAUUUAUAAUGUGGUCUCUCUUUUUUUUUUUUUUUUUUCCUCUGACCUCAUCCUCCUCCUCUCCGUCUGCUGUCUUUAUUUUUCGGACUCUCUGUACAUAUGACACUCUCUGUACUCCACAUAUACACCUGUAGUUUUAUUUCCACAGUGAACUUUGUUUAGUUGUAGGAGUAUUUGGAAGCAGAUGCUUUUUUUUGUUUUGUUUUUUUUUUUCAUGGCGAUGGCAGGAACCUUCAAAAAUUUUAUCCCGUGAAGAAAUUCCUUCAAUGUUUUGUUUUUGUUUUUUUUAAUAAUGUUGAAAUGGAAUGAAUGGAAAAUGACCAAUUCCCUGCCCGUCUUCUUUUUUUUUUUCCUGCUGUCAUUUUUUUCUUUUUAACUGUCAUUUUUUCAUGUUUCACUAUUUAACAUACCCUGUGGUGCCGUUCACCACCGUCACAAUUAAAUACCAUUCAGUGUAUUGGCUCUGGUCAGGAGUCACUACAUUUCACCAUUGUUUUCUCUCUUGAUUCCUUUUAUUCUACAAAUCACUGUAGGUCUAUCAAUUUUGAUAUUGUGAAAAUAAAGUUUUUGUAUCAAUGCUGA